UCAGUAUCGCGCUGUACGACACCGUCGCGACGUCGCUCGUUUUCCUUGGGACUCCCCCGUGGACAGUUCACAGAGAACAGUGAUGCGAUAUUUGUGUUGACUGCCCGUUGGACACGCACGUUCAGUGGUUUACCGAUACGUUUAUCGAUCAGAAAUCAUCGUACACGAACCGCGUUACUCGUUCUUUGAUAGACAUCGAGCGAAAUCGAAGAAUGGACCCGUUUGACAGUUACGACAGGUCCGACUUACCGGAGGUGUACCCGUCGUUCCCUAAUCUCAACGAUGACGAUGAUCACUUUUUAUUGGACAUGGACUCGUUGGUGACGAGAAAAAGCAACGCCCUGACGACGCGCAGUUACGAAUCGAACCGAAAGAAAUGUAGCUUCGGUGACGAGAACAAUGAGGUGAUCGACGGUACCGGCUGGACGGAGAAACCUAUCAGGAACUGGUGUCAGGAGGAGACGAUAAAUUGGCUAAUGUCCGCGGCGUCUUACAUCGGGCAACCGUACAGUUUAAUUCAACACAGCCUCGCGGUGCCAGGAAACGAGUUGGUCACCUUCACGAGAAACGAUUUUAUCAAUCACGAUCCCAUAUACGGUGAUCGACUCUAUGACCUACUCCACUCCCAGCAUAUCUCGAAUCUGCUUCCAUCGUUCGACACCAUUCACCCUCAUUCCGAAGACGAAUACGCGCGGAUCAAUUCCAAUAACGCUUCAGACGCUGAAUCAGACAACAGUAUCGAAGUCUCCACGAAACGACCACCGGGUAGACCGAGGGUAUUAAAAGCGAAGAAAAACUCCACCAGCCAGGGAAAGCUUUGGGAGUUUAUUAGGGAUUUAUUACGCAAUCGAGAAACGUGUCCAAGUUUAAUCUGCUGGGAAGAUUAUUCGCAAGCGAAAUUUCGGUUCGUUAAAAGCGACGAAGUCGCGAAACGAUGGGGUUCGCGGAAAGGAAACACAAAGAUGACUUAUGAGAAACUAAGUCGAGCCAUGAGGUAUUAUUAUAAAAGUAAAAUCUUCCUUCCUGUACUUGGUCGAAGAUUGGUCUACCAAUUUGGGCCCAACGCAAAGGGUUGGCAGACCGAUAAUCCAAAUUUCUGUCGUUGAUCUACUUAUCUCUAAGAGUUUCCCGGGUUCUACGGAUUCCUAUGAAGUUUCGAUUCUUGUAAAAAUUGUAUAGAUAUUAUGAAAAAUAUUUGUGAUCCAUAAACAUCGUGCGAGGGUUGCUUCUGGAAGUUGUACAGGAAAGAAACAAAAAUGCCGGACAUUAUUCUUAUCGAUGCAUUUCAACUUUAGAGCAGCGAACGUAACGUUUCGAUACGGAACAAAAAUAUCGAAAGUAUUUUGAUAAUGGAAAAAAUAAGCGUUGGCUCGAUUAAGAAUUUUAAAAGACUAAGGAGAACAGAUCUAGUAUUAUAGGUGAUAUACACUGACUAUAUGUAAAUAAUAUAAAGACAGUAUGAAUGAACAAAAACGCCGAGAUUCUUCAUAUCAUUGUACGCGUGAACGUGAGCCUGUGAAAAUAAGUGGGACUGAGACGUGUGUGCGAAUUGAUUUAAUUUUAUAUAAGGUUUUCACAAUGUAUUUAAUAUUAAGCAUAAUAGAUCGUUUACUUAUGUAAAAGUAUACAUAUAAUCAAGAAAGGCAAUAAUUCUCGUGACUUACAAUCAAAUAAAUUUGCUAUUACUUAUUCUUUUUUUA